CUGCGCCUUGGCCGAUAAGCCUUGUGUGGUUGUGUAACUACUAAGUGUUUCGCUCCCGAGACUGUCACGAUCGUCUCACACCCUUCAUUAUGACCCAGUCGUCGCCAAACAACCCAGUCAUGGCGGAAGGCGAGCCAACGCCUGCCGAUUCCUUGUUGAAGGCAAAUGGGAUGAUCCUGGCAGAAACUUCGAUCCCAAUUUCUGAUAGCAAGUCGACAAACGAGCAGAUGUGGACGCCUUUCUGGCUACGCAGAGGAACCUUGGCAGCAUUUAUUCUUUCCUACAUUCUUUUGAUCAUCGGCAUUGUCAUACUCCUCGUCGUCGACCGAAAAUCAGACGGCAUAGCAACCUCGGAAUCAAGACUGCACUAUCUCUGGACGUAUGGCCCUACCGCCAUCCUCUCCGUGCUGGCCGCUUUUUGGGGGCAAGCCGAACACCGGUCAAAGCAAAUGUUGCCUUGGGGAAUAUUGCGAUCCAGGCCAUCCAAAGCUUCAUCAACGUUGUUCCUCGACUAUGUGUCUGAGACACAGAUAUGGGCUUUGUACAAGUCCUUGCGCUCAAGUCAUUUCCCAGUGGUUUUUUCCAUUACAGUUUCCCUGUUGAUCAAAAUCCUCACUUUGGUCUCAACUGGUCUUCUUGUUCUCCAAUACCAAACUGUAUCUCGAGGAAAUAAGCCCGUCACGGCUCUCGACAGCUUCAAUCAGAGCAACUAUAACCUGACAUCCGAUGAUGGCUUGCCUCUCUGGGACACUGUCGCAAUGUCAAUAUACAACAAAUCUUUUCCACUUGGUACUUCACAGAAGUAUGCGGUACCUACCCUGGACUUUAAAAAUAACAUGCCAAAAAACAACUACACCGCCGACAUUAUACUCCCCGCAUUCAGCGCAGACAUGGCUUGUGAGACUGCCGAAGUCACGCGGCUAAGUGACUGUCCUGACGAGGAAACCUGGGAAGACGACUUUAUUACGAUGCAAAUUCACUUCACCACGCCGUCGUGUAAUUUCGUCAAACUCUGGCAGUGGGAAGAUGGCUGUCCGUCUAAGUCGCACAACUUCCGUUUCAUGUCGAGCGACUUCCUUUCCUGCAACAACAGUGUCGAAGCACUCCGUGACGGUCCAGAGGAAGAGCUACAUGCCGCCUUCUUCACAGGCAGGGUGGCACAAGGCCAUGAGGCCCUACAUCCACUGGGUGAGCUGGACACAAAACAUCCAACCUACCUUUCGGUAGUUGUGUGCAAGCCGAGUUACACAAUUGCUCCUGCGACGGUUUCAUUUGACAACGAGCAAUCUAUACUUAGUGUUCAGCGCACGGGCGAUUCCUCCCUUCCAGACCAACACCUGCCGGAUAUUGCCCCGAUAAACAUUAUUCAGCGCAUCCUUCGUAUGACGACUAUCCAAGGUACCGCACAUCACGAUGGCGAGUAUGUCACGACUUGGGAUGCCUUGCUCUCGGAUGUGGUUAACCUGCAAGGCGUCUAUUCAGACAAGUCUGAAGAUGACCAAUUCGACUCUCUCUUUCUUAUUCUAAUGAUAUUCUUAAAGCGAAAAUUAGCAGCAUCAUUGAUGGAUCCGAAGAUUCUUAAAGAUGGUUUGACUGAUCUUUUCAAUACCUUGGCUGCCCAAAUGGCCAAGUCACAGCUUAUGGUUCCGGACUCACAGAGAUACAACGCGACAGUCCAUCUAACCGAACAACGUAUCCGAGUGCGAGAGCUUUCAUUCUUUUGGAUGCUGGGAAUUUUGGUUGUUUUGAUACCUCUGACAGCUGGUUUGAGUGUCGUCGCUCCUCGUGGAGUUGUCAGCAGGGAUCCCGGAUCCAUUGGAGGGCUAGCCACCAUCCUCGCUCGCAGUCAUAACCUAGCGAAGUACCUUUCCGGCAUGGGAAGCGCUCAAAUCUCGGUUAUGAAGAAGGCAUUCGAGAACGCAUCGUGUACAAGCCAAAUAUCCCACACAGAAAUGGGGAAGACUUUUAGCGUCGAGGUAUCUAGAUUCAAAGAGUCUGACCAACCGCAGAGCGAAGAUGCCGAGGGCCAUCGAGUCAAGUGGUGGCACCCUUCUUCUUUGACGGCCACUCAUAAAUUCCUCGUUAUCUGCCUCCUCGUGGCCAUCAUUGUAGCAUUGGAAUUGCUGCUGCAACAAUCCCUCAAGCAUGGCGGCCUCAUGGAGGUAGAAGAUCGCGGCUCGAUUCGAUACACCUGGGUUUAUAUCCCGGCCGCAGUCAUGAUCCUUGUCCAACUGCUCGUCGGCAUGACCGGCUCUUCAUCAAACAUAAUGCUCGUCUACCACGAGCUUCGGAUUUCACCGUCUACUGCAAGCCGUACCUUGAUGAACGAUCCACAGUCCCUUCUCACACUCCACGCAAUCUACCGCUCAAUUUCUCAGCGUCAUUGGGCCAUUCUUGCAAUGUCUUUGGCAUUGCUUCUGACUCCUUUCCUAACCAUUGUAACCAGCGGUCUAUACUAUGCCGAAUCAUCGUCGGCUACGGAAAGCGUAUCGCUAAAAAUCCGGGAUCACCUGUUGCCGGAGCCCGAAACCGAUGGAUCUUGGGAAGAAACGUCUGCUUUCAUCUCCUACAUGCUGAUCAAUAAUAGUAUUUCCUACCCCAACUGGACGAGGCACGGUCUUGUGUUCCCAGAACUAUCAAUUUCCUCUUUGUCAGAGGCCGAGCUCUCGGCCAUGGGCCCUGUAAACCUGACUGCGACCGUCCCGGCCUUGCGACCAUCGCUUAAUUGCACCUUCGUCCAGCCAGAUCAAAUGAAUCGCACAUACUAUACCGACGACGAAUCGGGUUCGUUUCCAACGGCAGAAGUCGACAUAUAUUACGCCUCUGAAUGCAAUUCCACCUAUAUAUCAUGGGACAAAGGCAUCUGGAGUAUCGGUUACAACGCAAGCCAAAAUAUUGCCAACCUGGAAUCCUACACAUGUCCGCACGACAAAGUCUUGCUGGUGGCGGUAUAUGGAAGCAGCUAUGAUCUCAACGCCACCCUGUGUGAGGGUUACCUUGAGCAAGUCAAUGUCGAAACGCGCUUCAGCUUGCCUAACUUCGACAUCAUCUCAACUAAUCUUGUUGAGAGUACUGCACGUCGCCUACCCAAUGGCAGUGUAUCUCUAGCGUAUUUGAUGGACGUUUCCGGGUCAAUGGGAAUUCCACGGCCCCUAAACGGAUAUAGCGAUCUCUUUACGAUCAUGUUCGAACUCGCAGACAACGAUGGCUUGCGCCUGGAGGACUUGACCGGCGAGAAGGGCUUUCCCAAGCUCGUGCAGCAGUUCGAGUGGUACUGGCGGCUGAUGUACCCACAAGUCCUGAAUAUCGGGGCGCGCAAGUCCUCUCCAAUAGACACUGCACCUACGCUCUCCGCCACCAUCAUACAACCGAAUCAUUUCCGACUGCAGCAGUCCGCGGCUUCGACACGCGUGCUAGAAGCAUUGCUCGGCGCACUGGUGCUGUGCAUGGCUGUGUCGGUCUGGGCGAUGAACAACCGAGCGGGGGAAGUGCUGCCCAAGAACCCGUGCUCGAUUGGCGCGGCGGGCAGCCUAAUUGCCGGGGCCGCGAUGCUAAAGGAGGACGUAAUUCCCCCCGGGGCGGAGUGGUGCGAUGACAAGGAGUUGGAGAAGCGGGGCGUGUUCCACGGGUACUUGUUUAGUCUGGGGUGGUGGGGAGAGAAGGGUACGGAGGGUAGGAGGUAUGGUGUAGACAUUGGGAAGGCGGAAUGAAUGUUAUAGAUACCAUUUGAGAGGGUAGAAGGAGUAAGGAUUUUUUCUUUGAGUAUCUAUUAAUUCUUUCUUUCCUGUUUAUUCUCUUGUAGAGGCGUACAUGGUCGAAUUCUGAAGGUAAUUUUUCGUCGGCAUGGCCUAAUUACA